UGUUACUGACAGUUAUUCGGAAGAGUUUGCAGUCAGAGAACAGAGAAGAAAAGAUUUGUUGUUAGAUUUUUUUUUCUUCAACAAUGGACCCAGAGGAGCGACAGAAGAAAGUAGAGGCUGGCAGAGCCAAGCUUGCUCACUUCCGACAGCGAAAAGCAAAAGGUGACGGCACGCAUCCGCCGAAAAAGACGUCGAAGAGGAAGGGCGCGGCUGUCCACUCGCAUGACCUUUCAGCGCAAGAGCGCCCACUAGGAACCGAAGAACAUUUGACUGACAGUGCACUAAAACAAAGCAACAGGACAGCCAAAGAGACUGAUGGUGAAUUAUCAAGCAGUAGCACUAUAGGAGACUCUCAUACAGAAGAAGAGCUGAAUUCCAGCAUAGAUCAGGCCCGACUGGAUGUUGAGGUUUAUAAGGCACGAAUAGUGGACCUGGAAGAGAGACUACUGGGAAAGCAAACUGCGGUUGAUCAGCUGAGCAUUGAGGUGGAGCACCUUAAAGAGAAAUUGGCUUUGCAGACUGGUGCCGAGCAGCUUCAGGAACUUGAAACAGCUGUACGCAACCGCGAUGAAGUCAUUUCCCAGCUCAGCACCAACCUGCAGCAGGCCUAUCAGAACAGGGAGGAGGUUCAAUUAGAAGCCUUACAGCUCACUGAUCAAAUCCAAGCACUUCAGCUGCAGCUGCAAGACGCAAGUGAUUUCUUGAGGUCAAAAAGCCUUGGGUGUGUAGAGAUAGUCCAGUCGCAGCAGCAGAUACACAAUCUGAAGGAUCAGAGCUCACAACUGGAUUCAUUACAGAAAGAGGCUCUGAAACUAGAGCAGAAAGUUGAAGAGUUGCAGCAGAAUACCGGAGAUCAGCAGACUCUGCUUACGAAGAAGGAUGAUGUAAUUACACAGCUGCAGCAAAGACUGAGUUGUACAGAGAGUACUAUAUCUGAGUUACAACAUAUACUUUUGCUCAGGGACAAGGAAGUGCUGGAGCUCCGAAAUGAGGUGCUUGUGUUGUCUGCAAGUCAGGAGCAGCAGAUGUCUAUUGAGGAUGUCUGGAUCAAUGAGAACAGUAUUCACGCUCAGCUCCAGAGGCUGAAGAAUGAGCUGGAGAAAGCGAAUAAAGUAAACGAAGAUGAAAAAAAGCGUUCCUCCCUUUUGGAAGAUCAGAUCAAAGAGAUGGAGAAAGAGAGGAAAGACAUGGAAGAUCAGCUUGUGCGUUUUCAGGAAGAUUUGAGACUUGCAAGAGAGCAGGCAAAAGAAGCCUUGCGGUACAAAGAAGAAAAGGAGAAGAUGAAUGAAGAGAUCCUAAAACUAGGUGCUACUGUUCAGAAACUGGAAGUAAAACUUCAAGAGGGAGAGGAGGCUAUAAGACAGCUCAGGGAGAAAUAUGAAGCUGAUAUCUCGAAUUGCAAUUUACAACUACAGAAGCUAGAGCGGGAGAAGGAGACUGCUUUGGCUCAGCUGGCUGAGUCUAGUGAUGGUGCUCUAAGACUUUUGCGUGAUGAGCACAGGCUGGAAGUCCAGCAACUUCAGCAGCAUCUAGAAACUCAGCAUGGCCAAAGCAUGGAUAUUUACAGACAGAGCAUUGAGGAUCUAAGGAAGAACCUGAACGAAAUCAAAGCUAGAAAAGAUCAGGCAAACAAAGAAACUGCUAGCGAGUCCCAAGAAGUUUUUGAUUGCUCCUUUUCUCAAGAUGAUGGCCAGUUAAUGGAGAAGUACUUGACUUCCACAAAGCCAAAAGAUAGCUCAUGGGUAGAUGAAUGUGUUGAACAAAGCCUCAAUGAGGAUUCUGAGAAUCACAGGUUUGAGCUUGACAGUGAGCAUUUGUUUCACUCAGAUACAGUAGGUUCAGUUCAAGAUGAGCUUGAAUUGACCGAGGAUUUAACUGGACUUUUACCUCAAAACAAUCUUGAGCCUGAAUUAGGUGGAGAGUCUUUAUCUUCAGUGCAGUGGCAGAAGUAUACAUCUGCCUUGCAGGAGCUGGAUGGAAGUGGUAAUGACAUAGAUGUGGAAAAAGCUCUUGUAAUGCAACAGUGUGCAGAUUUGAAUGAACAACUUAAUGCCAAAGAGAAGCAUUUGGAAAUACUCCAAGCUGAGGUAAAAGAGAUCUCGGAGAAGUGGAAGAAGGCAAGUGAAGAACUUGAAGUUAUGCGGUUGGAGGUAGCAAAACAGCAGAAAAUUAAUGAAGAUAUAAAUUGUAAGAAAUCUCAAGAGAACUUAAAUGAUAAAUUGAACCUUUUUGGAAAUCCACAGGACCAUCAUGCAAAAAAUCAGGAAACCAAUCCCAUGGUUAAAGAAGCCUCUUUUACUGUUAGUAUGGAUUAUGUAAUUAAGGAACUAAAAGAGGAAAAGGAGUUUCUCUUGACCCAACUGCGAGAACAGGAGAGGUUAGUCAAGGAUGUUCAAGAACAGAAGUUGGCUGGUGACUCAGUGACAAGUGAGGUCCAGGCACUCUUUGGUCGUCAGCUGUUGGCCCUGCAAGCACAGCGAGACCAGCUGCAGGCUCAGCUUGAAACCCAGAAAGCUAAACACCAAACGACCUCUGAGCUUCUUGGGCAGAAGACAUUAAAGGAGGAUUCCUUGCAUAGAGAACUUCAACUACUUAAGACGGAGCUUGAAGAGAAGGAGCAGAACCUGAAGAAGAUUGUUGAAGAAAAAAACGACUUGGAAUCAAGGUUGAUAUGCAUUGAGCAAAAUCUUGUGAAUGCAGAUGAAGCACUCAGUCAGAGCAACAGAGAGAAGACUGAUCUGGAGCAGAGACUUGCUGAAUUAGAGAUCAAGGUCAAGAACUUAGGAAGUGUCCUGGAGUCUGAACGCGAGGACUUCAGCAGUCAAUUAAAGAUUAAAUGCCAGGAUAUUCUGGAGCUUGAGAUGCAGAUAAAACAAACUAAUAUUUUGCACCUCCAUAAAGAAAGCGUUUUGGAGCUGGAACUUUCUAAGCUCAAAGAGUCCAUGGUGGAACAGGAAAGGGUGCAUGUAGAGGCAUUGGAAUCUCUUGCACUAGAAGAAGCAGAAAAGCUGGAGAAGGCUGUGAAACAGGCUGAGGCUCAGCUCAAAAGCCUGUUUGAAGAAGAAAAAUGCAAGGUUGAAGAGCACCACCAAAUGGAGAUCAAAGAGCUGAAUGCAGAGAUGGAGAAGAGACUGUCUGAGCAAAAAUCAGGUUUGGAGGAGGAGCAGAAGAAGCAGAUUGGGUUGGUUAAACAGAUCCACGAGCGUGAGCAUGAACGAGAGAUUGCUGAGCUCCUCACAAAACAGAAGGAAGAACUCAGGUGUCUGCGCGCAGAGCUGAACAGUGAACAGCAGGAGCUGUCUGAUGAGCUGAAAGAGCGCAUGGAAGCAGCUUACCAGGCUGAGCUUCACCAAGUUCAGAUGGAGAAGCACCUGGAGAUAGAGGCGUUGAGGCUGAGUCUGACCAACUUGCACACAGCUCAGCUGGAGCUGUCUCAGAACAACCUGCAGCGCGACAAGGAGGCGGCCCUGAGUGAGCUUCAGGAGAGUCUUAAUGCCAAGAGGUCGCAGGAGAGUGCCAUGCUGCAGACUCGCAUGCAGUUUGAGCUAGAGCGCCUCCGGGAGCAGCACCGGGAGCAGAGCCAGUGUGUCGCUCGGCAGUAUCAGCAGGAGAUUGAUGAAAUGAAGAAUGCAUGGGAGACUGAGAUAUCGGAACUGAAAACCCAAAUGGAGGAAAAUCACGCCAAUAAAAUAGAGGCUCUGAAACUGGAAUGGAAGGAGGAGUCAGAGAAGAGCCUUGGAGAGCUGCAGCAGAGACUGAAUGAGAAACAGGCUCAGCUGGAAGAGCUGCAAAGCCGAAGUCACCAGGAGAUCCACAGGCUGGAGGAGCUGCUGAGCUGCACUUGUUCAGAAAGAGACAGCACUACCCGUGCACUGGAGGACUUGGAGAAGAAGCAUGGUGCCGCUCUGCGGGAGCUGGAGACGAGGCAGCAGGAGGAGCAUGCAUCCCUUUUGCAGGAGCUGACCACCAGAAACUCGGAGAAAGGACAGCUGCAGCAGCAGAUGGAGAAGAUCCAGGUAGAAUACGAUGAGCUGAAGUCCCGCUCGGAGCAAGAAGUGGCCAACCUGUGGUCUCAGCUAGAGAGCAUGCGUACCAGCCGGCAGGAACUGGGUGAGCUUAAAGAGCAGCUGUUAGCACGUUCAUCCCAUGUGGAAGAUCUUGAGCGACUCAAGCAGGAGUUCAACCAGCAGCGCCGGGACCUCCAGGCACACAAUGAGCUUGAGCUAGAGAACCUGCGGACAUACUUUGAGCAAAGACUCCGCUACGCGGAGGAGAGCUACAGGGAAGAAAUAACAAUACUGCAGCUCAGGUUGGAGAAAGGAGCCAAGGAGGAAUCUUUCCUAGAAACUGGGGAUGUCAGUUGCCUGUCUGAAGGAAUAGUGGAUGAAGAGAGAAGUGACCUCUUAGGGGAAAUUACUCAAAAACUGGAAAAGCAUAAAGAGGAGCUGGACUCCCUUCGUCUGCAGCUGGAAGAUAAACACAAGCAAGAGCUUGAAAAUGUGAAGUCUUACUUGUUACUUCAGUACAAGGAGGACUUAUUACAAGUGAAAACUGACCUUGCUGACCGUUAUUUCUCGGAGAUUGAAGAUUUAAAAACAAAACACAUUCUGGAUCUGGAGCAGUUGCGGGCUAAAUUGUCUGACAACCACAUCAAAGAAAUAACAAAGCUGCGUCUUCAGAGUGCCCAGGAUGUAGCUCGGCAGGUAGAGGCAGAGGUGGCACAGCGGGUUCGUGCUCUUAAUGAAGAACACUCUCUCAGCCUUGCACACCUUAAUUUGGAGAGGGAGCAAGUUCAGCAGCUGGAAAGGCAGAUUGCCCUUCUGAAGGAAGAACAUGCUGAAAACCUGAAGAGUCUUGGUGAAAAAUAUAAGGAACUUCAAAAACAAGCUGUAGAGCAGGUUAAGCAGGAUUCUCUGGAGGAGCUCCAGCGCAAGGUGGAAGAGGCCAGGAGAGAGGAAGGUGAGAUGGUGACGAGGCAGUUCUUGGGGCAGAAGGAGGAAGAGCUGCAGCGCCAGAGGGAGGAGCUGCAGGCUCAGGCGGAGGAGCGUCUCGUUGCUCUCGGAGAAGAGUUGGAAUGCCUGUGGAAGGAAGAGAGAGAGGCCUUGAGGAAGGAGCUUCAGACCAGAGAGGAAGAGGUGAACCGCUUGGAAGAGCAGCUUGAGGAAGAGCACAGGCAACUGCAGCAUCUCCAUCACAGCCUGGAGACUGAGCAGAAUCCCCAUAUCCUUGCUGUCCGACACAAGAUCCAAGCACAGUAUGACAGUGAGCUCAGCACUGCCAGAGCGACGAUGGCAGAGGAGCUCAGAGAACUGAAUGCUGCCCUGCAAGAGCAGACAGAAGCCAAGUUGCAGGAGGCACAGAGCAAGUUCCAGGAAAAGGAAAAUCAGUUGAGAGAAGAGUUUGCCCUUAAACAGGAGGCUGUUCUUAAUGAGCUGAAGGUUAAGCAUGUACAAGACCUAGAAGCACAAAAGUCAUCACUGCAAGAACAUUUUUGUAACCAGUUAGAGGAGCUAAAGAAUGCACAUCAGCUUCAGAAGGACUUGAAAGAGAGGCAUCAGGCAGAGCUUGAGGCUUUAGAGGCAGAGCUGCUGGCCAAACACAAGGCUGAGAAGGACGAGCUGGAGGCCAGGAUGUUGUCCAACAUGGACACUUUGGAGUCCACUUACUUGGCAGAGAUUCAGUGCAUCCGGAAUGAAAAAGAGCAGGCUCUCCAGGACCUGAAGACUCACUUUGCCGAGAGUGAGCGGGAGAGAGAGAAGGACCACACUGUAGAGCUGGAGAGGCUGAGAGCAGAACACCAGGUGCAGAUGACAUCUGCCACAGAAGAGCUGAGGAAGGAGCUGGCUCAGGUUCACAUAGACAAAUUCAAAGCUAUGGCGGCUGAGCUGAAAGAAGCUCACAAGGCAGAGCUGGCCACAGCCCUGAGCGAUCAGCAGCAGUGCCUGGAGGCAGAGAGGGGCCAAACUCUGGAGGCACUGCGAGAGGAGGUGCAGGCAUUGGAGGAGCAGCACAGCAAGGCCCUGCAGGAGCUCAGUGAGCUGCACAGCCUGGAGAGACGCCGCCAUGAGCAGCAUCUUGCACAGCAGCUAGCUCAAGACAUCGACACGCUGAAGGCUCACCAUGAGCUGCAGCUCCAGGAGCUCUCCAGUACCUCGGCAGGGGAACUAGAGAGGGUGAAAAGGCAGCUGGAGGAGGAGAUGACAAGACAGCAACAGCAGUUCCAGGAGGAGAUGGAGCUGCUCAAGUGCCAGUCAGAAGUACUGUUGGAGCAACAGAUCACCCAGAUCAAGGAGGAGUUUGAAGAUGAGAAGAGAGCUGCUCUUGAACAGCAGAGUGUGAAAUUGCUCGAAGCGUAUGAGCAGAGAGGCGAGGAUCACAGAGGGGAAAGGGACCAGCUCACAACUAAGCUCCAGAAGCAGGCCGCUGUGAUUAUACAACUGCAAGAAGAGGUGGCUGUGCUGCAGAAGGAGAUGGAGGCGAAAGACUCGGAGCUGGAGACCCUCUUGCAGCGGCGGGAGCGGGAAAACGAGGAGGGGGAUAACCUGGUGGCCAUGCUGAGGGCUGACCUGAGCUGCGUCACAGAGCAACGGAAUAACCUACAAGAUGCCAAUGAGCGAGUAUUGAAGCUGUUGCUGGAAGUAGUGAAGAACGCUAUUGCCACUGAAGACCUCAUCAGCAGAAAGAUUGCAAUGUGCAUGGGCCACGGUGACGAGCUGGCAGAGGAAAGUCAGGCUGAGAAAGCAGGAGCCGCCUGGUCUCAGUGGGGGACCAGAGACAUGCAAGAGAAAGGUGAAGCGGAGAGUGUUGUUGGUGAGAUGGGGGCUAAUUCAAGCCUGUGGUCAGCACUGACAGAUGAGGGCUGUGAGCUGUCUCAGCGCUUGUCUGAGAGCAUCUUUACUGGCCCAGAACUUGAUCGGGAGAACGAAGAAGUGGUCCUGGAAGUAUGUCAUCGUAUACACUCGGCAGUAGAAAAACUCUUGGACUUAGUUGCCGAGUCCCACAGACAGCUGGAGCAGACCCAGGGUGUUCAGGCCCACCUGGAGCAGGAGUUCAGUCAAGGCCAGGAGGACACUGCCCAGCUAGUCACCCAUCAUCAGAGAGUGCUGCAGGAGCUGCAGCAGGAGGCUGCACUCAAGAACCAACUGGAGCUAGAGCUGCAUAAAGCAGAAGGUCUGCUCGAGGGCUAUGUGGUGGAAAAGGCAGCCCUGGAGGAGGCUGUGCAGCAGAAGGAAGGAGAGGAGCAGCGGCUGGUGGAGGAGCUGGAGGUUUUGAGGGGGCGGCUGGCAGAGCUGAGCGAGGCGCACAGCCUGCUGCUACGCCAGAGAGAUGCUUUGACUGGCAGCAUGGAUGACAACCAAAAGGGUCUGCUGGAGGAAGCAGAGCGUCUGGCUCGGGAAAAACUGGACCUGCAGCGCCAGGCAGAAAAGGACCGCUCGGGCCUGACUGCUCGGCUCAAGCUCUUGGAGAGCGAGCUGGAGGAACAGAUGAGCCACAACCAAGAGCUGGAGGAGAGGCGGCGUGUUCAGACUGAGGACUUGCAGCAGCAGAUCCAGGCACUGGAGAAGCAGCUGCGCAACAACCGCCACUUCAUUGAUGAACAAGCAGUGGAGCGAGAGCAUGAAAGGGAUGAGUUUCAACAAGAGAUCCAGAAACUGGAAGCCCAAUUGAGAUUCCCUGUGAAAUCACAUGCUGGAGGGGACAAUGGAAGCCAGAAGAUUGAGGACUUGGUUCUCCAGGUGGAGACACUGCAGACCAACCUGAAAGACAAGAUUGAAGAUUACAAUGUCCUCCUGCUGGCCAAAGAACAGUACCAGCAGGAGGCCACGGAACUCACCGAAGAGAAUGAUAAAAUGGCAGCAAGGAUGCGUGAGUUGGAACAGACCGCGCUUAAUAAUGCUGUAGAAGCUAAGAGAAUAAGCCAUCUUGAGCAGGAGCUGCAGAAGAUGAAGAAAAUCGAGCAGGAUCUUCUUCAGGAUAAAGAUGCUCUUCAACAGCAGCAAUAUACAAACCGAAUGCAAAUCUCAGCUCUGCAGUCUAAACUAGAUGAAACUCGCCACAGAUUCCCAGAGAGUAACGUGGACCAAGUCUUAAAGGAACAGCUGGAAGCUGGACAGGAGGCUCUGAUUGGCAAAGAGAAACAGAUUGAGGCUCUCAACAUUCAGUUGGAGCACAUCCAAAGGGAUCUGGACACAAAAUCAGAUGAGGUUCUUCAGCUUAAGAUGCAGCUGGAGGUACAGAUGAAGCAGAGCUCUGCCUGUGUUGACCAAUUGCAGGAAGAAAUUAUUCAACUGAAGGAGACGGUGUCCAGUCUCUGCAGACAUCAGGGAGAGGACACUGAGGACAGCGCGUCUUCUAUGCUGCUGUUCCCUCAGGCUCUGCUGGAGGAGAAGAACCAGGAAAUUGACCACCUGAAUGAGCAGAUUAUGAGACUGCAGCAGGAUAUGGACAACAUCAGGGAUAACAAGGUGCUGGAAGAGAAGCAAGCUGAAGUCGAAGAGCUGAGGUCUCAGGUUGAACAUCUUCUAGUAGAUCAGGAGCGAAUGCGCCGGAACAAAGAGGAGGAGGUGGAGCAGUUGCAUGAGGUAAUUGAGAAGCUGCAGGAGGAGCUUGCCCAGCUUGGACCCAACCGCCAUGAGGUUAGUGACUCCCAGGACAGCUUGGAGCUCCAGGACUUCUGGCAGCACCCCAGCCAGGAAGACAGUCUAGGCCAUGAGUUGGCCAGCCAAAGCCUUCAGUCAUCCAGAGCCCAUCUAAAGAAGCUGGAAGCUCAACUGGAUUUGGCCUCUACAGAGAAAGAGGCCAUUCAGCACCUACUCCAGACUCAGGAGGAGACAUUUCGGAAUCAGGUUGAGAAUCUGGGAAAGAGUCUGCAGGAUGAGAGGAAGCAACUGGAGACCCUUCAGGAGGAAUCUAGUCUGCUUAGAGCACAUCUUUCCCAGCGGCAGGCAGAAGUUGACCUAUUGGCUGCCCGUGUCCAGGAGCUGGAGGACAUCUUGAGACAGCGGGAGGCCCAGUUGGUAGAGACUGAGCUGCAGGUAAAGACUUCUGAAGAGCAAAGAGAUGCAGCACUUGCUAAUUUGGGGCACCUGCCAGGGAAAGUAAUGGAACUCGAGAAGGAGCUGCAGUUGAAGAAGUCUGAGACUGAGGAGCUUCUUAGGCUGCAAAGAGAAACAUCUGCAGUGGAUUUGGAGCUACUGAAAUUGCAGGACCAAGAGUUGAAGAACAGGGAAGAUGCCAAGGUAAAAAAAUUAGAAACAAAGGUUCAGGAUGGCUUGGCAGAAAUUCUUCAUCUGGCAACUGUGAAAACUGAACUAUACACUGAGUGUCAGGCUCUGCGACAAAGAGAGGGCCAUCUUCAGGAGGAGAUCGAAAGACUGAAGAAUGAAGUUACCUUUAAAAACACUCAGAUUCAGGAGCUGAACCUUCAGCUAGAGGAGAAGAUAGCAAGGAACUUGGAGGAACAGAAAGAAGUGCUGAGGGGAGCGGAGGAGACAUUGGGAAAAGCCGAGUGUGCCCUUAGAGAGAAGGAGGAGCAGCUGGCUGAGCUGAAGGUGGAGCACGACACUCUAAGGGCAGAGCUAGCAGCUGUGAAGGAGGGGUUGAGUUCCAGUACAGAGAGAGCAGAAAAACUGCUGGAGGAGGGGCAGACAAAAGACAAAGCUCUGGUUGACUUGAAGAUCCACAACCAGAAGCUGAAAUCGGAGCUAGAAGGCCUGCAGGCAGACCUGGUAAUGCAGGAAGAGGAGCUGGCCUACCAGCAAAGGGAACUGGAGCAGAUGAGAGAGCGAUACAGCUUCCGGGCUCCUUCAGUUGUCAGAGAUGCAUAUGUGAAGCCCUGUGGUCCAGAUGAGAAGUCUCCAGAGAAAUACAGGGGGUACCUCAUCAGCCUGUCGGGAGAGAGCUCCCCGUGUUCACCAGAGGUUCUGCGGAAGUAUGAUUCUGGUAUGGAGCGUGGUCCUGACUUCCAGUCGUCAAACCUCCUGGAGCUCAGCACUCUCCACAGCACAGGCCUGGACCUCUUGCACAGCAAGGCUUCCACUCUGGAGAGGAACUGCUCCCAGCCUCCAGACCAUAUCCCCACUGACUCCGAGCAUCCUAGCACCCACUCCCUGGGCUCCCAUUUGGAUUCUGAGGGGAACUUCUCCCUCCUGCACUCCAUUGAUCUGGAGAAGGCAAAGGAUCUUGACAACCUUGAAUUUCAGUCUCCUUCCCCUGAGUGUACUGCUUCUACAGUUUCUGUUCAUGAGUGGGUCAGUGAUGGAUAUGGAAGCAAUUCAUUAGGGUGCAAUACAUUUCCAGAUGGAAGUUCAGAAGUAGGGGCUCGACUGAAGUUGGAGCUGGAGACAACAGAACGCCUUGAUGCCAAUUUUGUGGAGUACCUCCGUCAGCGUGGCAUGACCCUACCAGAUGACAACAGCAUUUCACAGAGUGCAGUCAAACCAGAGGAAGAUAUUUCUCCUGAGCUGCAGGGUUUGUUGAAGAAGGUGUAUGAUGAGGCUUGCCGGGUGCUUUUGCUUUCCGAACGGUCUGUCCCCGUCUCUGUUAUGCCGACUGAGCUUCCAACUGGUGUUAUGCCUGAGAGCUGGCACAGAGAGACGGUAGCUCUGCAAGAAGUCAUCCAAUCACUCAAAGAUCUCCUUUCCAAACUGGUUGAUAAAGAAAAGGAGUGUAAUGAUGGAGCAGACUGGCGGGGGGAGCUGCUACAGGCUGUGCACAGUGUGUUUGACAGAGAGAGGGACUGGCUCCGAUCUGAGCUCCACUCCAUCAGCUCACGGGGCCCUGCAGACAUUAGCCCCCUCUUAGACAGACUGGAGCGACUCCUAAAAGAACAGGACGAGCAGCGGAAAGUGUCUCUGGAGCGACUUCUUACGGCAGACCGCAGCAGCCUACUAGCCGAAGUGCAGGCCCUGCAGGCUCAGCUUCGCAUCUCCAGCCUACAGAGCCAGGAGCAGCUGCAGCAGCUGCAGAGCACCCUGAGUUCUGUCGAGGAGCAGGGCAACCAGCGCCAGCACCAGCUGCGCCGUCAGGUGGAGUUGCUGGAGUACAAGCUGCAGCAGGAGCAGACACUGGUGAGCGAUCUGCAGAAUUCCUUGAGAGCGGAGCAGACCAGGUCAGCUGAACUGCGUGCUCACCUCAGGACAGAGCAGGAGGCUGUGUGUGAGCUGAAGAAGGAGCUCUCUAGCUCCAGCCAGGAGCUGCAUACAGCUACCAAGGCCCAGCAGGAGCUUCAGAAUGAGAUCCAGAGGCUCAGAUCUAAGCUGGAGAAUGAGGAAGCUAGGCAGCAGACAAGCUUGGAAGCACUGGAGAAGGAGAAACAGAAAAUUUGGGAAUUGCAGCAUGACCUGGACCAGGAGAGACUAGAAUCUCAACAAAGACUUGACCAAGAGGGAAAGACACAUGAGGUGCUGCGGGCAUCACUGGAAGAACGCAACCUCCAGAACAGCCAGCUGUGUAGUGCUCUAGAACAAGAGCGCAUCGUUUCCAGUAAUCUGCGCAAGGAACUUCAGAUUGAGCAGUCCCGCUGUGAGGCUCUCCUCUCGCAGGAGAGGAGCAAGCUCAGCGAGGUGCAGCACCAGCUCGAGGAAGAGCGGGCCCGUUGUGACAAGCUUCGGGACAGCCUCGGCCAUGAACAGCAGCAGCUGGUGGAGGAGUACCGGCAGAGGAUGAAGGAGGAAUCUCUGCGCAGGGAAGGAGCAGCUAGCCAGGACAGAACCUUCAUUCAAGAGCUGCAGGCCCACCUGGAGCAGGAGAGGGCACGCAGCGUGGAGCUGGCUGCCAUGAUGGAGAAGACCCAGCAGCAGGCCAUACAAACCAAACGACAGCUGGAGGCAGACACCCAGCAGACCCGUGAAGGCCUGCUACAAGAGCAGGAGGUCAGUGUCAAACUGCGCAUUGCUCUAGAGAACCUGCAGAUCCAGAAACAGGAGCUGGCAUGUAGCCUGGACACAGAGAAGCAGAGAGUUUCCCAACUGCAGGCUGACCUUGAAGCACUGCAGGAGAAAAUCAGGGCUAUGAAGGAGAAGGAGAGGACCCAGGAGGAGCAGAGGGAAAGAAUAAGAAAACAAGAGCAGCAAGAACUGGCAGACAGAGAGCGCAAACAUGCGAGGACUGUUGAAAGACUGCGUGAGAUGGAGCUGCAGAAACAGAGGGACCAGCAGCGCAUGAAGCAGCUCCAGCAGACUCUGGCAGAGCUGGAAGAACAGGAGAGGGAACUGACUUCACAUAGACUGCAACAAGCUCACACACCCAACCUCCGUCCAGCUCGGGACUCAGACGCUCUCCUGCGGCACCACCAACAACUGCAGUUCAUGCAGCAGCAGCUUCAGCUGGCCACGCUCCGACUGAAGGACUUCAUACAGAGUUCCCAAGACAGGGGUGGACCUGGCCAGAGUCAGUCUGAAGAAGAGGAUCUGCAGUACUUGUUAAGUACCCUGAGCAGCCUGGACAAUGACUUAAAGACGCUGUGCUCCAGCAUUCAGAGACCAGCACAAACCACUUCAAGCCUAGCUGACCGAUUGCUGAGAGAGAAUUCAGAUUUAACCUGCCGUUUGACAACACUGACUGUCGACAAACUGGAGCUGCAACGCUCUGUAACCCGCUUGGAGAAGGAACUGUUGAUGUACACGGAGCAAAGGAAAGCUAGAGACCAGCUGGAGCCAGCUGAUAUUGUCCCACUGUCUGAGAAGCUAGCUUGGCAGAAGGAAAAGGCAGCCCUACAGAUGGCCCUAAAGAAAGCAGAAUCCGAGCUUUCCCAUGUUACUGCAGAGAUCGAGAACAGACCAGUUCCUGAGAGCUCCAGCAAGCUACAGCGACUCUAUGGGAAGUACCUGAGGGCAGAGAGCUUCAGGAAGGCACUGGUGUAUCAGAAGAAGUACCUGCUGCUUUUGCUGGGAGGGUUUCAGGACUGUGAGCAGGCCACCUUGUCCCUGAUUGCCAGAAUGGAUGUCUAUCCCUCUCCAGGCGACCUCCAGGAGGCAAUACGUUCACAACCGAUCAGCAGGUUCAGAUCUGCAGUCCGCGUCGUCAUUGCCAUAUCCCGAUUGAGGUUUUUGGUUAAAAAGUGGCAGAAGGCCACCAGAAAAGGUCAGCUGCCUACAGCUGUUGUAAAUGGAGCUGAACACAGCAAGGUCCCUGGCAUCAGAACUGAAGUGCUGAGACCGCAUCACUCUGGCCUCGUCUUCAACUCUCCGCCCACUCGAGACUUCGGAGUUCACCAGAGGAGUCUUGUUUCACAGGUGGUCUCUUCACCCAAAUCACCUUUCAGGCUUCAUAACCGGUCUUGCCCUAGUUCUAUCCUGCUGAAAGCCGAUCAGUCCCACAGUCCAUCCCAUGACCCAGAGCACUCCCUGACAGAGUACAUUCAUCACCUGGAGGCCAUACAGCAGCGUCUCGGGGGUCUGCAGCCAGGCUCUCCUGCUGGGCUUCCCUACUCCAGGAAAUCUAACCGAUGAAGGAAUGUUGAAGUGCCCUCGGUUUAGUCUGUAGAAGCUUCUUUAUCACUGUAUAUGUAAUGAACAGCAGAUUUUUAAUAACUUUUUUUAGUUGUAUCUUUUAAAUUGCUGAAUCUGAACUUGCCCAAGAAAAUUGAAUCACUUUGAGGGGUUGAUAUGAAAGGUUUGAAGGACUGAAACCUGUUUUUGUUCUGUAAAUAUUUACCUGUUUUCUUAAUGCCUGUUUACUACACUUAUUGCACAUGUUCUAUAAUUUUGUAAAUGAAGCCAAAUAGGUUGAUCACUGUUUGAAUGCACAAUGUUUAGCACAAAGGUUUUAUUUUUUAAAAUUAUUUUUUAUGUUGGCAUUUCUACUAAAUAAAUAUUUUAAAGACAAUAAAUCUUGAAACUGGUGGUAUUGUCAUUGAG